AUGAAGCGGCCACUGAGCCCACGCCCCUCAGGUGAGAAGGAGCCCCCCACAACUGAAGCAUCUGAGUGUCCCCCUCAGUCUCCAGAAUCAUCAAAGCCUAAGCGGGAAAGAAAACGGCCCUCCUACACACUCUGCGAUGUCUGCAACAUCCAGCUAAACUCUGCAGCCCAGGCCCAGGUGCAUUGUGGGGGACGCGCCCACCAGCGAAGGCUUCGGCAGCUCAGCCAGGGCAAGACCUCCACGGGGCCAGCAGGUCCGGCCUCCAGCGCCCCCAGCCCCUUGCUGGCCUCCCUGACCCUGCCUACCCGGCCUCUGCAACCCCCGCUGGACUUGAAGCACCUGUUCACCUUUCACCUCAAUGGCACCACCCCGCUCAGUCUCUUCCCCAACUUCAGCACGAUGGACCCAGUCCAGAAAGCUGUCAUCAGCCACACAUUUGGGGUCCCCUCCCCUCUGAAGAAGAAGCUGUUCAUCUCCUGUAACAUCUGUCAUCUGCGGUUCAACUCAGCGAACCAGGCUGAAGCUCAUUAUAAGGGCCAUAGACACGCCAGAAAACUCAAGGCUGUGGAAGCUGCCAAGAACAAGCAGAAGCCUCGAACCCUGACCGCAAACGGGACAGUCUCACCUCCAACCAGUGGAAGCCCUGGAACACCCCAGAGCAAAGAUCCUGCAUCCCCUCCUCUCGGCCCUCCACUUCAGCUACCGCCGAACCCAGACCCAUCAGCCGGAGACCCAGCCCACUCAGAACUUUCUGAUGCUGCUGCUUCCUCUUCCUCUUCCUCCUCCUGCCCACCCUGCUCCCCAGAUCCUAGCAGGGAAGCCCCAGGGCCUGAGCCAGCAGAAGUGGCUGUGGGGAGUGGAGUGAAUGGGGAAGGCAGGGGCGAGAAGGGACGCCUCUACUGCCCUACCUGUAAAGUGACAGUGAACUCCGCCUCUCAGCUUCAGGCUCACAACACAGGAGCUAAGCACAGAUGGAUGGUGGAAGGUCAUCAAGGGGCUCCCCGAAGGGGCAGGGGCCGUCCUGUGUCCCGAGGAGGGACUGGACACAAGACAAAGAGAGUAAUAGGAAGUCGUGGGAGCCGGCAGGGACCCAGCCCUCUUUUCCAUUGUGCUCUCUGUCAGCUCCAUGUCAAUUCAGAGACCCAGCUCAAGCAGCACAUGAGCAGUCGGAGGCACAAGGACCGGCUGGCUGGGAAGCCCCCCAAGCCCUCCAGCCAGCACAGCAAACUGCAGAAACACACAGCACUGGCUGUCAGUGUUCUCAAGUCUAAAUUGGCCUUGCAGAAGCAACUCACCAAGACGCUGGCGGCCCGCUUCCUGCCCGGCCCGCUGCCCAGCACAGCUGCUGCCAUCUGUGCCCUGCCAGGACCCCUGACCCUCCGGCCUGCCGCAACAGCAGCGGCUACCCUCUUCCCUGCUCCUGUGCUGGGCCCAGCUCUGUUCCGCACUCCAGCAGGAGCUGUCCGUCCCACCGCAGGACCCAUCCUUUUUGCUCCCUAUUAGGGGACUCGGAAUGGCCACAUCCUAUCUCUACAGGCCAGACACUUGUCGCCACAUCCCACAGAGACUGCCUUUUGCAGUUUCCAGGUUCCCACCCAACCUGGGUAUCUGCUUUUCACUCAGACCGGGGCUUUUCCAGUCCACUGGCUCUGAGGACCACUGCUACCCUCCUUUCCUGGGCCAAGCCUAGGCUGCCCUGCAUCUAUGGUUCAACAGUACCCAAAGAUCUAUGAAAAAAUCUCAGCCCAGGUCUCAUGGUGCUCUCAUACCCCACCCCUACCAGACUUACACAAAGCUGACACAUCUUGGCUCCCAAGAGCCAGCCUCUCCUGCCAUGUUCUAGAACUGUCUGGACAAUCACUAGAGAGGGAGCUCAAACUGAAGUGGGCUGGGACCUGUCAAGCGUAUUUGCCAUGGGGGAGCCAGGUAUGGUGGUGCAUGCCUGCAAUUCUAGGACCUGUACUAUAAGUCAGUCUGGGCCAUAUCACUAGACACUGUCUCAAACAAUGCAAAACAACCACAUGUUGACUACAGAGUAUGUAUGGCAAAGGGCCAUAGAGGUAAGAGGUCCCCAAAGUUCUUAAAUUAAAAAAAUGCACUGUGAAUGGGAGGCAGAGUUGAAAGGAAGCUCCAUCUGUUCUGUGGGGAUGGGGCUCAAAGGUAAGAGUGGUGUUCAGGCUGGGCCUGACUGUGUAGCCCUGGCUGGUCUGGAACUAUGUAGGCUGGCAAACUCAAGAA